ACCCAAUAUUGCUAACUCCUGGGGUUGUCUUGGUGUGCGUGAUGGCGCGUCAUGGUAUGACCAGGCUUCACAUACAUCUCGACCGUACAUUUGUGAGCGUACACCAGUAUCUGAUAAAAGUAGUGAAGCAUCAUUUGGAGGUCUAGAUUAUUUCACCUCUCCUUCAUGGCUAGCUCGGUCUUUCUCAGAUGCACGGACCUACUGUCAGUAUCAUGGAGCUGAUUUAGCACUCAUCAAAUCACACGAUAUCAAUACUUUUCUCCAUGUCAGGAAUUCUGAAGAAUAUUCGGGAUCAAAUGACCAGAUACUUUUUGGUUUGACUGACCAAGCUGAUGAAGGCACAUUUAUAUGGAUCGACGGAACACCUUUACAGUAUUCUUCAUGGGGGUCUGGUCAACCAAACGACGGGGAAAAUCAAGAUUGUGCCUUUCUACAACCUUCUGAUUCAAACAUGGGAUGGGGUGAUGAUUCAUGCAAUAACAAACUAUCCUUCAUAUGUGAACGCUAUCAGGAUGUUCCUGAAAAUGAGUGGAGUCGGCUUGAUGGAGCCCUGUACUAUAUCUCUCAAUCCUCGAUGACGUCAUACUCAUUUGCUAGAAAGUACUGCCAGGAUCAAGGAGGUGAUCUUGCCCAGCCUAAAACAGAAGAAAUUAAUAUGCAUCUCAUGACGCUGGCUGGAGAUAACUCGUAUUGGUUUGGACUCGAUGAUAUCAAUCAAGAGGGCACGUUUCAAUGGAUUGAUGGCACUCAACUCGACAAUAAUGAAUUUCCUGCUUGGUCGAAUGGUAAUGCAACCCUUUUUGAGAAUGGAAGAUGUGUUUAUCAGCAGGUUGAUAAUGCAUGGAGAAAACUACGAUGUACAUCGUACCUCAGGUUCGCAUGUGAAAAACCUCCGAGUCCGCGACAGAUCCUUCCUGUGCGUCUAAUGGCAGCUACUCCAUCUCCCUACGGAGGAGGUCUGGUGAAUGCGUCAUUUAUCUGUCUACUCGGCUCAGAGAAUGAAGAGAUUCUCACAUUGUCCACCAGAAGACUCGUCCGUCUGACCGAGGCUAUAAAUUCCGAUAGUUACACAGCACCAGGAGACAGCAAUGGUGCAUCAUCUGUAGUGUUAAGGCAGACUCUUCCAACUACUAUGGACGGCUUGGGAUUUUACGAAUGUUCUGCGGUGACAGCCAGUAGAAUGACAUCUGCUCCUCUUGGCAUUCUUCCUUCUACCCGCCAAUGGCAACCCAGUGAUGGUCGAUUUACAAAGACAGUACACGUUGGAGAUGAUAUCACACUCAGUGUGAUGAGCACGACAGGGAUGGUAGGUGAAGACGGGAUCAGAUGGCGGAAAAUCACUGAUGUAGACUGGGCUAAUUCACUUAUCGGAAUGAGUUCUGGUAGUCUAACACACACAAUCCAAUCUGCAUCUGUCUCAGACGCCGGUGUGUAUGUGACUUACGAGGAUGGAACGUUGGAACAACAUCAAUUCAGCUUCAUAAGACUCAUCGUAAAGGAGUGCCCUUAUGGAAGAUGGAAUCCACCAUUAUGCGAUCGUUUAUGUGAUAGUUGUUAUAAUGGAGGUGUAUGCCACGAACUCUCAGGAACAUGCAUCUGUCCUCCUGGCCAUGCUGGAAAGAACUGCCUCCAAGCGUGCGGGAUGCAUAAGUUUGGCUGGGACUGUGAGUUUGAAUGUGGACCCGGUCAGCCUCUGGACAAGUGUGCUGGAAGUCAGAUCUGUCUACCUGAUCCUUAUGGAUGCACCUGUUUAGCUGGAUAUACAGGAAUAUACUGCAAUGAAACAUGUGCAGACGGUAUGUUUGGAGCUGAUUGUCUUCAAGAAUGUAAUUGUACUGAUGGAGCAGAUUGUGAUGACGUCACUGGACAAUGUACAAUAGAUUGCUCGCAAGGAUGGUCUGGCUCAGCAUGUCAAGAAUCAGAUUCGACUGGAGGUACUUCGUCAAGUUUCAUAGCAACUGUCGUAGGAAGCGCUGUUGGUGCUAUUGUUGUGAUUGUUAUCGUUAUAAUUCUCAUCAUCUUCCUUUACAAGCGAAGAAGCGAUGAAUCAGCCACUACUAAGUCUAAAGGGAAGGACUCCGAUUCGUCUCCGCAGUAUGAGAACCCUGUAUUUGAUCAGUCAAAGACAGACGUCCAUACCUACCAAGACAUUAAUACUGCUGAUCAGAGCUACGAGGAUCUUACCGACCCUCAUACCUACCAAGAUCUUAAGAAGCCUGAUCAGGAGGCUAACUACGAAGAAUUAAAUGACGCCAGGAACAGAGAUUAUGUCAACGUGCCAGGCAUUUAAACUAUCAAUAUAUCAGUAGAGGUGUCGUGGUCGAGUGGAUACGUCGCCGGACUGUCGAUCAUAAAGUCCGCGCUUCGAGUCCCGCCGCGGCAUUAAUGUCCUUUGGCAAGACAUUGAUCUACAUUUGCCACACUUCACCCAGGUGAAGUUAAUGGGGACCUGAUAAGAAUUUUACCUUGAAACGCAGAGCGCGUAACAGCUGCUCUGCUUAAAGCCAGGGUAAUUAUGCUGCAUUAUUGUAGAGCGCAUAGAGACUUCUGAUAAAGUAAGCGUUAGGCGCUCUAUAAAGCAAAUAUAAUUAUUAUUAUUAUAUAUAUAUCUUAAUGUGCUGAUUAAGGAUUGAAUACAUGAGUAAGGGAAAGAUCCAGCAAUUUUAUCACAAUGAAUUUGAGUUACCAAGAAGGAAAAAAAAAAAGAUUUAUAAUUUUGAGAGAUGAAAUAAGUUGUCUUGAUUAAUUACGUAUAUAUGUCCAUGUACGAAUCAUUCUGUGAAGAAGAAACCAUGCUUUCAAACUUAUCGUGAAAUAUAACAUUUUAUCUUAAUAACUGAAAGAAAAACUAUGCUGAUGGACUUGAGCAUUUUCUCUGAUGUAUCCAAUUAGAAAAACCGUGACGAUAAGUUGUCCUAAAUUAUCAUGGUUUCCUUUUCUGCGUCCUGUGCUUCUGUUAUUCUCAACUCUUUUUUUAAUUUGGUUUUAAUUUAUUUUCUUCUGCAAAGUACAAAGUUUCUCGAUAAGAAUAAUAAUAUAAAGUACAAUAAGUAUAUUUCUGACGAUGAAUCAUAAAUUAGCGAAUAUAUAUAACAAUUGUUAUUUAAAUAAACGAAAUGACAAACUGUCACAAAAAAAUUAAUACUAAAUUUCCUCAAACAAAAGAAACUAUUUGCGGAAGAAGGACUGUCAUUGUAAGCAGAUUGCUUGAUAAUACAGCAGCCCCAGACAAAACUCAUGAAAUAGAUUACUAGUAACACAUUUAUUCAGCUGGACGGAUAGGUAAUUGAAAUACAUAUUUAAUGGUGGUGAU